AUGCUCCGAUACGCACUCUUAUGGCUCUUUCAUCUCUUCCUCGCCCUCAAACGUUUCUUUGCUUCACUACUUCCGAGGAAACAGCCACGUCCCCUCCGCGCUCACCGUCGAAAGUUGCCAAACCAUCUCGCCGUACUGUUGAGUACCAAAGAGAGUGUAGGAAACGGGGAAUAUAACCUCGGAGAGGCCAUAGAAAGUGUUUGUCGUCUCGUUGAAUGGUGUCGAGCAUCCGGCAUUGAAAUUCUAAGCGUCUUUGACUCUGCGAAUUUGUUGCCGGGUGCAUGGGAAGAGGUUAAAGAUGCACUACAGACGGUUGCCGUCAUCGAGAGCGUCCAAGCAUCGUCCAAUUCCGACGCAUUUGAGCCUUCUCGAAAGGGCUGGUCCCAACUAUCUUCAGCUCUUCGUCUCCCGCCGACACCGCCGCUUUCCAAAACAGCCUCGUGGGCCUCGAUUAGGUCGAUGUCCCCCGACUCACGAGACUCGACACGCGCACACAGCUCAGAGAACACGACACCCACACUCGUCUCGUUUAAACUACAGAGCGAGGAGCAUAGCAGGAAGCGCCAAGCCUCUCUUAUAUCACAGGAACCUCCACGUCGACCAGGUCCGUUGACGUUGUACAUCAUAUCGGAGCAGCUUGGACGACCACAAAUUGCACGAGUCGCAAGAGAGCUGGCUUUCUCGGCAGUCUCAGAACCUGUAUCCAAGCAAGGCGCUUGGAAGGAAUCGACGUCUGUGUCCGGCCUUUCCGCCCGUCUAGAAGGCAAAAAGGCCCUCAAGUCUCCGCUAGAGUUUGAAGGGUUUCCACCAUGGCAAAUACAUUUGUCAGAGGUCACCUACAUCCCCCCACGAAGACCUCAGAGCGACAUUCUACGCCAGUUCUGGCCCGUGCCGCAGGAGUUUCCAGGUGCUAUCACCGAGGCCGCCUUUAGGACCGCGCUCGACGAAUAUGAUGGCGCAGAAAUGCGCUUUGGAAAGUGA